GGGGAGCAUGAGCCCCGGGACCCGCCGGGGGACGGCCCGGGCCCAGCCCGGGAUCUAGACGGCCGUGGGGGAGGGGCGCCGCCCGCCGGCGGCCUCGCUCCAGAACCGCCGGGCACUCGAGGUCGCCGUCGCCGGCCCCAAGGGCCGUGCUGUUUUGUUUCACCUUCACAUUGUGCAAAAGUGAAGUAAAAUGUCCACUCGGACCCCACUGCCAACGGUGAAUGAACGAGACACUGAGAACCACACGUCACAUGGAGAUGGGCGACAAGAAGUUACGUCCCGCACUGGGCGCUCUGGAGCUCGGUGUAGAAACUCUAUAGCUUCCUGUGCAGAUGAACAACCUCACAUUGGAAACUACAGACUGUUGAAAACAAUCGGCAAGGGGAAUUUUGCAAAAGUAAAAUUGGCAAGACACAUCCUUACAGGCAGAGAGGUUGCAAUAAAAAUAAUUGACAAAACUCAGUUGAAUCCAACAAGUCUACAAAAGCUCUUCAGAGAAGUAAGAAUAAUGAAGAUUUUAAAUCAUCCAAACAUAGUGAAGUUAUUUGAAGUCAUUGAAACUGACAAAACCCUCUACCUAAUCAUGGAGUAUGCAAGUGGAGGUGAAGUGUUUGACUAUUUGGUUGCACAUGGAAGAAUGAAGGAAAAAGAAGCAAGAGCUAAAUUUAGACAGCGACUGCCUGUUGCUGCAUUCGGUUUUCAGCUGGGCGCUUGUCCUCCUCAGAGGAAGCAUGCAUUCCUGGCUGCAUCCUCUUUCCUCACCUCUUUCUUGGCUGAAAAUCUAUUGUUAGAUGCUGAUAUGAACAUUAAAAUAGCUGACUUUGGUUUUAGCAAUGAAUUUACUGUUGGCAGUAAACUGGAUACGUUUUGUGGCAGUCCUCCAUAUGCAGCCCCAGAGCUCUUCCAGGGCAAGAAAUACGACGGGCCAGAGGUGGACGUGUGGAGCCUCGGUGUCAUUCUUUACACCCUGGUCAGCGGGUCUCUCCCCUUUGAUGGGCAGAACCUAAAGGAACUGAGAGAGAGAGUAUUAAGAGGGAAAUACAGAAUCCCUUUCUACAUGUCCACAGACUGUGAAAACCUUCUCAAACGUUUCCUGGUGCUAAAUCCAAUAAAACGAGGCACUCUAGAGCAAAUCAUGAAGGACAGGUGGGUCAACGCAGGGCAUGAGGAAGAUGAGCUGAAACCAUUCGUUGAACCAGAGCUAGACAUCUCGGACCAGAAGAGAAUAGAUAUUAUGGUGGGAAUGGGAUACUCACAAGAAGAAAUUCAAGAAUCUCUUAGCAAAAUGAAAUAUGAUGAAAUCACAGCUACAUAUUUGUUGUUGGGGAGAAAAUCUUCAGAGCUGGAUGCUAGUGACUCCAGCUCUAGCAGCAAUCUUUCACUCGCUAAGGUGAGGCCAAGCAGUGAUCUCAACAACAGUACUGGCCAGUCUCCUCACCACAAAGUGCAAAGGAGUAUUUCUUCAAGCCAGAAGCAGAGGCGGUACAGUGACCAUGCUGGACCAGCUAUUCCUUCAGUUGUGGCGUAUCCAAAAAGGAGUCAGACCAGCACUACAGAUAGUGACCUUAAAGAAGAUGGAAUUCCCUCCCGAAAACCAGGUGGCACUGCUGGUGGAGGAAAGGGAAUUGCUCCAGCCAGUCCCAUGCUUGGGAAUGCAAGCAAUCCCAAUAAGGCGGAUAUUCCUGAGCGCAAGAAAAGCUCCACUGUCCCGAGUAGUAAUACAGCAUCUGGUGGAAUGACACGACGAAAUACCUAUGUUUGCAGUGAAAGAACUACAGCUGAUAGACAUUCAGUAAUUCAGAAUGGCAAAGAAAACAGCACUGUUCCUGAUCAGAGAACUCCAGUUGCUUCCACACACAGUGUCAGCAGUGCAGCCACCCCAGACCGAAUCCGCUUCCCCCGAGGCACUGCCAGUCGCAGCACAUUCCACGGCCAGCCCCGGGAGCGGCGAACUGCUACCUACAACGGCCCGCCAGCCUCACCUAGCCUGUCCCAUGAAGCCACACCAUUGUCACAGACUCGAAGCCGAGGUUCCACUAAUCUUUUUAGUAAAUUAACUUCAAAACUCACAAGGAGAAACAUGUCAUUCAGGUUUAUCAAAAGGCUUCCAACUGAAUAUGAGAGGAACGGGAGAUAUGAGGGCUCAAGUCGCAACGUAUCUGCUGAUCAAAAGGAUGAAAACAAAGAGGCAAAACCUCGCUCCCUGCGCUUUACCUGGAGCAUGAAAACCACUAGUUCCAUGGAUCCCAGUGACAUGAUGCGGGAAAUCCGCAAAGUGCUGGAUGCCAAUAACUGCGACUAUGAGCAGAGAGAGCGCUUCUUACUCUUCUGUGUCCACGGCGAUGGGCAUGCAGAGAACCUCGUGCAGUGGGAGAUGGAAGUGUGCAAGCUGCCAAGACUGUCUCUGAAUGGGGUCCGGUUUAAGCGGAUAUCAGGGACUUCCAUAGCUUUCAAAAAUAUUGCUUCCAAAAUUGCCAAUGAGCUAAAGCUGUAACCCAGUAAUUGUGGUGUAAAUUAAGUAGCAAUUUAAAGUGUUUUCCUGAACACUGAUGGAAUGUAUAGAAUAAUAUUUAGGUAAUAACGUCUGCAUCUUCUCAAUCAUGAUAUUAAACUAUAAAGACGAGAGCACGCCUGGGAGCGAAGGCUGGCCUUUUUUCUACAAAUGCACUACAUUAAAGAUGUGUGACACGUG